AUUGUUCGGCCUGACAGCAUUCCAAGAUGGCGUCGUUUCUGGGUGUCCAGCUGAAAAAGACCUACGAGGUCGAUUUAGUGAAGCCUAUGAGAACUUUUAUAGAAAAUAUGAUUAGUUCGGCUGACGUUAACGAAUAUAAUAGUUCUCUGAAUGAAUUCAAUAAGCUUAGAAAUUCCAUGAUGGCCAAAUCGGUCGACAAACACGAAUCUGCUUUGGAAGUCCUCUACAGAUACUACGACCAACUUGUUGCCAUUGAAAACAAGCUACCAAUUUCAGAAAACCAGAUUAGAAUUCUAUUCAAGUGGAAAGAUGCUUUUGAUAAAGAAUCUUUUUUUUCAGGACGGAGAACACUUGGUGUUGUUUCUGGAAUGUAUGAGAAAGUAUGCAUGUUGUUCAACAUUGCUGCCUUACAAAGUCAAAUUGCUGCCUCUCAGAAUCACGACACUGAUGAAGGACUGAAACUUUCAGUCAAAUUAUUUCAACAAUCAGCUGGUAUAUUUGGACACUUGAAAGACAUCGUAUUGUCCCACACUCAACAAGAACCUACUCCUGACUUGAACCCAGAAACAUUAGCUGCUAUAAGUGCUCUCAUGUUAGCACAGGCUCAAGAGGCUUUCUACAGGAAAGCGACAUCUGAGAAUAUGAAUGACGGCAUGGUUGCUAAACUUGCUUUACAAUCUUCUGAUCUUUAUGCUGAUGCGAUGAAGCUUUUACAACUCCCGUCCAUUCGAGAAUUGUGGCCGAGGGAUUGGAUUCCUGCUACCGUUAUGAAACAGGCGGCGUUUCAUGCAUUGGCUGAAUACCACCAGAGCAUUGUGGCUCAAAAGAAGAAGAGCUAUGGGGAAGAAAUUGCCCGAUUGCAACAUGCUGAUGAAUUAAUGAAAGCUUCCUCGACUCGAGGAAGCGGUACUUUCUGUUUCCGUACGGAACACAAUAAGGUUGUACGUGCUCUAGAAUUGGCUGUAAAAGACAAUGAUUUUAUUUAUCACGAGAAGAUCCCUGAUUCAAAAUCUUUACCUCCCAUUGGAAAAGCUCCGGUUGCAAAACCGACUCCGCUACCUGCAACAAUGAGUUCAAAAUUUGUUGAUCUGUUUCAAAAACUGUUUCCCCUUCCUGUUCACGAUGGAAUUGUUGCAUUUGAUAAUCGCAAAAAUCAAAUUAUUAAUCAAGAAACUGGCCGUUUGAAGGAAGCUACUCUGUUACUGAAUAGUGUGCUUGCUUCUCUAAAUCUUCCUGCUGCCAUUGAAGAUCUCUCUGGUGACAGUAUCCCGACUUCUUUACUGGAAAAGGCUCAGCAAUUGAAAAGGGACGGUGGAGUAGAAAGCCUCAAUAAAAUGAUGCAAGACUUGCCAGAGUUAUUGGGACGGAACCGAGAAAUUCUAAAUGAGUCGACCAGAAUGCUUGAGGAAGAAGCGAAAUCUGACUCUCAACUUCGGGAGCAGUUCAAAGGGAAGUGGACCCGUACUGCUUCGGGUCAGCUGACGGAAACAAUGAAAAUCGAAGCCUCAAAAUACGAACAGAUUCUGAACACUGCUAUCCAAGCUGAUAAGAUUGUACAGGAAAAAUACAACAAACACAAAGAAGCUAUAUUGUUACUUUCCAAACAAGAAAAAGAAAUCAAAUCUUCAUUGCCUUCUGCUAAUCCCACGGCUGCCUUACAAGACAGCAAUGUUGUGCAGGAAUUACGCAAACUUAUGGAGCAAGUUGAAACCAUAAAAGCUGAACGGGAAGUAAUUGAGAGAGAAAUUAAAGAUGCUACGUUUGAUAUUAGUAGUAAAUUUUUGAAUGCAAUGGCUCAGGAUGGUUUAAUUAAUGAAGAGGCCAUCUCCAUGCCAGAGCUGAACAGGAUUUUUGGUCCUCUUAGAGAACAAGUUUCUGACAGCAUCAACCGACAAAAGGCUCUUUUGAAUAAGAUUCAGACUUCAAACACUGAAUUCUCUAAUGCUAAAGCUUCAAACCAAUCUGGUGCCCAAAGAGAAGCCAUGCUCAAAGACUUGGCAGCUGGUUUCGAUAUGUACAUUGAAUUGAUGGAUAACCUUCAAGAAGGCACUACGUUUUAUAACGAUCUUACACGUUUAUUAUUAAAACUUCAAAACAAAAUCUCUGAUUUCUGUUUUGCUCGUAAAACUGAGAAGGAAGAGUUAUUAGGGGAUCUUUCUAAAGAAAUUGUAAACCAACCUUCACAGCAACCGCCUCAAACUCCAAAAUACCAACAAAACUGCACGACAGACCCCACCAUCACCGCCACCACCGCCACUACGAAAAAGACCCCACCACCACCACGGCCGCCUCCACCUAAUGUUAGUCUUGCACCUGUGCCGUCAGCCCCCCAAUCUAUUCAGCCCACUAAUGAGGUUAUUCCACCAGCAGGUCGACUAGGUGACCCUUCUCCUCCCCCGGGAACAGCUCCAGUAGUUCCUGGUGGUAGUGCCGGGCUUCCAGUGACAGCUUCUGCCCCAAUUCCCCAGACAUCUACAAAUUCAGCUCAGCAGCCUCCUCCUCCUCCAUAUUAUGGUGGAGAACAACCAGCACCGUCUGCUGCCAGCUGGUCCGCUCCGUAUCCAAUGUAUUCCAUGAUGCCAAUGCCGUCUGGUUAUAAUCCAUACAAUCCUUUCAUGGCCUUUCCUCAGCCCUCUUACCCUGGUGGCUACCCGGUUCAGCCACCACAGUAUUCCUACCCAGGACAACAACCUCCUCCACAAUACCCACCACAACACCCACCACCUCAACAAUCUAACUACCCAGGGUAUACACAACCUCAAGCUCGUUGGCCCUGAGUUGCUUUAACCUUUUCAAAAACAAAAAGAAAAUGCAAUUUGUAGCCUUUUCCUAUAUAUUGAGCUGGUCAAAUUUAGAAACCUUUAAAGUCUUUUAGUCUCUCUCUCUCUCUCUCUCUCUCAUAUAUAUAUAUAUAUAUAUAUAUGUAUAUAUAUAUUCUGUUCAAACUGAAUUAUAAAUUUUCAGUUUGUUCUCUAUAAUAUUUUACAUUAGCCGUUCAAAACGAAAAAAAAUAAAUGCUUCGUUCAUUUUUAUAUUUUAAUUAAUCAGUUAAAAAUAUAAUUACAGUCAAUUUUCUGAUAAAAAAUAAAAUCUUUUGCUUUAUUACAACUUUAAUUUCUUCUCUAAAAACCAAAGCCAACAUUUACCUUUAUUUUUACAAUUUUUUCUCCCCCCUCACUUGAGAGAAAAAAAAAAAGCCUAGCUGAAAAUAGAUCUGUAAAGAAACCGGAGCAACGUCUCUCUCUCUCUCUCUCUCUCUCUCUGUCCCCACCAGGGAAUAUGAAAUAUGAACAAAAUUGCAAGAUACUGUUUUAGGAAUAUUACUUUCUACUUUUUAUCGAAAAUGUAUUUAUGUCCCUUCUUUCCUUCAAGACUCCAUUGCGAUGUAUUGAAUGUUGGUUAAACUCUUGUUGGGCCUUCCAGCUGAUAACGUGAAAAUAUGUCCUCUUCAGCAUCCAGUUAAUUUUUUGUGGGUAGAACUUAAUCAGCUUUCAUUUAAUCUAUAUAAACAUCAUAAUUACUUGAUUCCUUAUAUAUAAAAAAAAAAAACCAACACUGCUAAUGAACUUUAUAUAUUCUGAUAGACAUUUUGUGACCAACUUUCAAGAGCUCUGUGUUGAGAUUUCACAGAAUUACCUGCCCUUGGAACAAAUUUUCAUUUCAUGUUGACUAGUGUUUGUUGAAGCUGUUUGGGUGUGGCUUGCAUUCAGCUGGCUGCAAUAUCGGGUCUAGACUGGAGCUGAGGACAAUGGUGACGUGUGAUGUGAUAGUUUGAUGCCUGAAAUUAGUGUGGGAAAGAAAAAAAAAAACACAAAAACGACAAAAAAAAAACCUUUCCAUUCAUAAGAAUAUAUAAAUUUACAUAUUGUAUAUUUCUUUGUGUACCUUUAUUCCCUUUGUGCUAAUUUAGAACCAUAAACUCCCUGGAAUUCUCUGGAGUGUCCUGAUCUUGAACAAGCUUCGUUCAGUAUGUUUGUGUACAAAAAUCUCAAUCACUCAUUCUCUCUCUUUCUAUCUCUCUCUUUCUAUCUCUCUCUCUCUUUCUCUCUAUCUCUAUCUCUCUAUUUAAAAUCUGAUAUGACAGAAGGCUGUGAAAUUUUACAUUAGUUAUGGAGUUAUUUUCAAAGUUGAUUCUCUUGUAAGAUGCCGAACUGAUGCACGUAUUAAAAGUACCAAUUCUUUGUGGUUUUCAUAAACCCUGUUAAAUAAGUAGAAGAGACCUGCUCUGAAAUAACCUCUGUGAGUCAAGUUAUGGCACCAUUUUAAGGAAAAUCAUUCCUGUCUGAAUCCUGCUGGGUUUCUU